UUAAGGAAAUUGUUGCCAGUCCCUUGAGCACAUAGCGGAAGUUAGUGCCAGUGUCAAGACUAACCAGCAGCAGCAUUCUCUCUGGAGCGCAUUCCAGGGAUUCCUUGCGCACCGUGCUCCGCACCUGUCCGACAGGUGUAGUUCACGUAGCUCGGCUGACUCACACACAGGCGCCUCUUAAGGGGGGCCUUCAUGGUCAUCUAUGGGUGAAUGUCUGCGGAGAGCUUGCCCAUGUCUGGAAACACUAUGGCAGAAGAUUUUCGGCGACCAAAAGGAACCUGGUGGUCAUAGUGGAGGAGGAAGCGCCAGAAGCGCUGAUCACAACAGUGUGGUGAUACGAUCCAGCGAGAGCGUGCCCGAGAGCGGACCUAUCUACAAGGCAGUUUGGUCGUUUAAAGCCCGACACGAGGACGAGCUGUCGUUCCAGGAGGGAGAUCUGUUCAACGUUAUCAGCAGCACGGGGGACUGGUGGCAUGCACGGAAGAUCGAUAAGAACGGGCGCGUCCUGGGCACUGGGAAUGUGCCCAGUAACUUCCUGGCCAGUGCAGAGUUCCUGGAAAUGCAACCAUGGUAUUUUGGGACAAUGAAUCGCUUUGAGGCUCAAAGCCACCUGCUGGUCCCAGAAAAUGAAGAUGGAGCUUUCCUCAUCCGACACAGUGAGAAAGACAACGUUGGACAUGUUCUUUCAGUGAGGUUAGGCAGUCGGGUGAGGCAUUUUAAAAUCCACCAAGAUGAUCAGAAUAAUAUUAAUGUGGAGCCCAAUCAGCACUUCAGCUCUUUUAUUAACCUGGUGGAGUACUACUAUGCCAACAGCCUGAGCACUGUGGGAAGACUGAGACACCCCUGCAAGAGGGUUAAGCCCAGCACCCCAGAUUUAGGUAACUUGGAUGAGUGGGAACUCCCGAAAGAAGAGUUCACCCUGGAGGAGGAGCUGGGCACUGGCUACUUUGCUGAUGUCUACCGGGGACUCUGGAAAAACCAUAUUAAUGUUGCAAUCAAGAUCAUCAAAAAUGACUCAGAGUUGAACCACCGGGAGUUUCAGAGGGAAGUUCAGAUUUUAAAGAGUCUCCGGCAUCGUCAUCUCAUCUGUCUGUUUGCUGUCUGCACAGCUUCAACACCUUACUACAUCAUCACUGAGCUGAUGGAGAAAGGCAGCCUGCUCAGCUUCCUCAGAGGUCCAGAGGGGCAACUUCAAGAUGUUGCAUCACUUACUGACAUGGCUGCCCAGGUGGCUGACGGGAUGGCAUACCUUGAGGAGCAGAAAAGCAUCCACAGAGAUCUGGCAGCUCGAAACGUCCUGGUAGGAGAACAUUACAUCUGUAAGGUGGCUGACUUCGGUCUGGCCAGAGUGAUCAAGGAACCAUUCUACGUCACAGAAGAUAAAAAGAUUCCCUAUAAAUGGAGUGCUCCUGAGGCCAUCAGCCAUGGAAGGUUUUCCAUCAAGUCAGAUGUCUGGUCUUUUGGUAUCUUGGUCUAUGAAAUUAUCACCUAUGGAGGUAUUCCUUACCCAGCCUUUAGCAACCAAGAGGUGUACCUGCAGGUUACCAAAGGAUACAGGAUGCCAGCUCCAGCCAACUGUCCCGACUUUCUCUACAAUAUCAUGUUGAAAUGUUGGGCUGCCGAGCCAGACAACCGGCCAGACUUUAAUUCCCUCAAGGUACAAUUGUACAGCAACUCUUAUGAGAUGGAUUCGUUGCCCACCUAACUUCCUGGAGGACAGUGUGGCACCAAGAAGGGAUUGUGAUUUUUUUCGCUGAGGACUCUUUAAAACAAAGGGAAGAAAACAAAACUGAUUUUAUAGCCUUUUGUUGUGACUGUUUGUAGUGUGCAAAUAUGCCAAUUUUUUAAAUUCUGCCCAUUGGAACUGCAAUGCAACUGUAUCUAAUAAUAUUUGCUUCUUGAGCUAAAACCAUUAGAAAAUUGUUAUUUAUAAUUGAUUUAUUAUUUCAGUUUUUUUUAAAUGCCAAUGAUUCUCUCAUUCCAGCUUUAGCAACAUGUGAAUUUGGACAGUUAUUUAGUCUCCUGUCAUGGCACACUGAAUAUCUUUACGUUUAUUAUUAAAGCAAAAUAACUGGUGGGUGUUUUUUCUGCUGUUUUCUGAGCUGGUGCAGACCAAAAAUGUGCACUGAUCCUUCCAAAAGGCCAACCUAAUGGCUCACACAUCCACCAAAGAAGCUUGACAAGUCAUGUGCAAUGAGGUGAACAUAGUAUAAU